ACAAAGGGCAUUUGAAUGUACAAAUAGAUAGACUAACAACCCUCAUAUAUAAAUACAACCUCAAAGUUCGUCUAAUCAUUGUAGUGUUUGUAUUACGAUUACAAGAUGACAACCGAAAUCACAACAACAACAACCUCCAUUAGAAACCGGCCUCCAAAUACUGGAAAUCUCAUAACUGUUCUUUCUAUCGAUGGCGGAGGCAUCAGAGGUAUCAUCCCUGGUGUCAUUCUCGAAUAUCUCGAAUCACAGCUUCAGGAGUUAGACGGAGAUGAAGCAAGAUUAGUGGAUUACUUUGACGUCAUUGCUGGAACAAGCACAGGUGCUCUAAUAACAGUCAUGCUUACGGCUCCAGACGAAUACAACAAACCUUUUUAUGCUGCUAAAGACAUCGUUCCAUUUUAUCUUGAAAAUACCCCUAAGAUUUUCAAACAAAUCGGAGGGCCAUUUGCUGGGAUUAUAAAGCUGUUGAAGGCGUUGGUAGGGCCAAAGUACAAUGGAAAGUAUCUUAAAACCCUCCUAACAGGCUUACUAGGAACCACGAAGCUGAGUCAGACAUUGACUAACGUUGUCAUACCUACUUUUGACAUAAGGGAUAUGCAACCUGUGGUGUUUAGUUCAUAUCAGGUGCCAAGAGAGCCUACCACAGAUGCGUUAUUAUCAGAUAUUUGCAUGGGUACGUCUGCAGCACCUACGUAUCUCCCUGCCCAUUACUUUCAGAACGGUGAUCGUGAGUUUAACCUUAUUGAUGGUGGAGUUGCGGCUAAUAACCCGUCAUUGGUUGCGAUAGGGGAAGUGACAAGGCAAGUUAUGAAAGAAGAUCCAAAUUUUAUCCCAAUCUCACCUCUCGAUUAUGGGAGAUAUCUCGUGAUAUCGUUAGGGACUGGAACCGAGAAGCAAGCACCUAAAUAUGAUGCGAAAAUGGCUGCGAAAUGGGGUGUGCUUGGGUGGAUGGUCAAUAACGGUUCGGCCCCAUUGAUAGAUUCUUUCCAGCAAGCGAGUGCCGAUUUGGUCGUUUUUCAUAACAAUGUUGUCUUUGAAGCCCUCAAUUCCACCGACAAUUAUCUCCGAAUUCAGGACGAAACAUUGACCGGAGACUUGGCCUCGGUGGAUGUUGCGACAACUCAAAAUUUGAACAAUUUGGUCGAUGUUGGCAAAGGUUUGCUAGAUAAGCCGGUUUCUCGGGUGAAUUCCGAUACAGGGGUAUUCGAAGUUCUCCCGGAUGGUGGUACAAACCGUGAAGCAUUGAAAAGGCUUGCUAAACAGCUCUCGGAUGAACGAAAACUAAGGGAGGCAAAUUGUACAGCACAGGAAGUGCUUGAGUGAUGUUUAUUCGAUAAUUUUAUGAAAUUAUUAAAAUCUGGAGAAGAUCGUAAAUUUGUAAUACA